UCAAGUGUCUCAUAAUUUACUGAGCUACACUAGAGUGAAAGGAUUAAACAGUAGUUUUUCAAGUCGAGGUUUUCAAGUUUCAAAUGCUGCGAGUCUCUCUCAUUUUUGGAGUAUUUCUCCAUACCAUCAGCAUCGUGCGGGGUUAUCCUGGUAAUUUCUGUAGUAACAAGGUCAACGGUAACUACCCUGAUUCAGCUAAAUGCAAUGGUUACAUCGCAUGCUCCAAUGGCAUCACCUAUCACAUGCCAUGCCCUGCAGGUUUAGUGUGGAAUAAGGUCCAAAAGAUGUGYGAUUGGAAGCGUAAUGUUCCUCCUCCAUGCGGCACUCUGACCUUAAUAACGAGUUCUCCUACACCUGGACCUGUUACAACGCCUGCACCUGAUAGCUUUACCUGUGCUGGUAAAACCGAUGGUAACUAUCCUGAUCCAAACAAUUGUCAUGGUUACAUCGCAUGUGCCAAUGGCAUCAAAUAUCACAUGCCAUGUCCUGCCGAACUAAAAUGGAAUGAUCGACAAAAGAGAUGUGACUGGCCAAAAUAUGCGUAUCCUGCUUGUGGGGUCUCAUCCAGUUCAGGUCCUUCUUAUUCAUGUAAAGUACAAGUCAUCUCAAACAACUUUUGCAGUGGAAAGGCAAACGGAAACUACCCAGACCCCAGUAAUUGUCAUGGUUACAUAGCCUGCUCCAAUGACCUAAUAUAUCACAUGCCAUGCCCUGCUCAACUGAAAUGGAACGACCGUCAAAAGAGAUGUGACUGGCCAAAACAUGCCUAUCCUGCUUGUUCCGGGGUUACACCAACACCAACAAUUGCACCAACUACGAUUUCAGGAGGAGUUGGGGGUAAUUUCUGUCAAAAAAAAGCUAAUGGAAACUACCCUGAUCCCAACAAUUGUUUCGGAUACAUUGCUUGCUCCAAUGGCUUUACAUAUCACAUGCCAUGUCCAGCUAGUCUAAAGUGGAAUGAUAAUCAGAAGAGGUGUGAUUGGCCAAAAUAUGCCAACCCUGGGUGCUCUGGAGCCCAUCAAUGGCCGUGUUAUAUCUGCGUCUGUCCAAAUGGAAACUGUCAAAGUAAUUUCUGUAGUAACAAGGUCAACGGUAACUACCCUGAUUCAGCUAAAUGCAAUGGUUACAUCGCAUGCUCCAAUGGCAUCACCUAUCACAUGCCAUGCCCUGCAGGUUUAGUGUGGAAUAAGGUCCAAAAGAUGUGUGAUUGGAAGCGUAAUGUUCCUCCUCCAUGCGGCAAUCUAAACAUCGUACCAACAACGUCUUCUAGUUGUAGUGAUAUUCUGUCAGUUGAAUGCUGUGAUGUAAUACAAGCCAGAAAUGACUGUGGAGGCGUGGUUGGUCUCUACUGCAGAAAGUCAUGCAAGAGAUGUUGAGCAUCAAACAACUAAAUGAUCCACUUCAUUCGCCUCUGACUAGUCUUUACACAAAUGGAACACUAGAUAGUACAUCAUCCUAGGUACUACACCAACGUCAAUACGUCAUUAGAAAAUCUUAAAUACUUACAUGUCUGUUCAAAUAAACUGAAACAAUUGCAUGGACGCUUUCGCGUAACCUUAAUCUCUUAGUCCUAGUCUACGAAUUUACCUUUCAAAAUAGCCCAAUACUGUCUCUUUUUACACCCUAAACACAUACUGAGUAAUAUAGAAAAAGAUAGCAAUAUUAAAAUUGACGAAAGAAAAAUUGAAAUAAUAAACUAAACGUUUCACGAUCA